UUGCCAUGCCAGUCAGAACUUUGAAGUUGCUAUUUAUUUCAUAGUUUACAUGAAUUAUUCUCGCUAACAUGUAUUUUUCUCAGACAGGUUGUGUGUUCGUGUAGAUAGAUGCAUACGUAGGCAGUUAUUAGUAUACAUACAUUUAUUUAUUUGUGAAUUGUUUUCACCCUGAUUUACGGCUGGCGUGUUUCAGGCGGCGAUGGCAAUGCCUGAGCAGUUUUCAUUGCGUUGGAAUGAUUUCCACGCGAACUUGUCCCAGUCUUUUCAAGCUUUGUUGGAAGGAGAGGAUCUGGUAGACGUGACACUAGCGGCUGGUGGUCAGUAUGUACAUGCUCACAAGCUCAUUCUCUCCGUCUGCAGUCCCUAUUUCAAGGAGCUGUUUAAGAUGAACCCUUGCGAGCAUCCAAUAGUGAUUCUAAAGGAUGUGGCUCACCAGGAGUUACGACAGCUAUUGCAAUUUAUGUAUCGUGGAGAAGUUCACGUAAGGCAGCAAGAGCUGUCUGCAUUCCUUCAUACAGCUGAACUGCUGCAAGUUAAAGGGCUUACUGGCGGUAGAGAGAGAAGUGAGUCACCCCCUGCCCCAGUGGAAGAAGAUUCUACAAAUGCUCCUAUGCCACCUGAGCCUAUUGGUGACAGUUUGCCUGAAUGGGUCCCAUCAGGCGAAGAAACCGUCGCCCCUGAAGCCCCACAAGAAUCCGCAAGCUCACUAGUCCCUAAAGAUGAAGCAGCCAGGAGCCCCUUGAAACGGUUAUUGAAGAACACCACAAAUAAAAACAGUUACAACAUCAAGAAAAAGCCACGGCCUGUUAGCGAUAAUAGCCCUUCGCUUGCAGAAAAUACGGAAUACGCCUCUGACGGUGAAUUAAUGAUCGACUUUGACAACGAUAUGCUGCAUAACCUGGUUUCGGCAGAUUCAGCGAAAGAGUCUGGAUGGAACUGCAAAACUGGCGGGGUUAAAUGUCCGUCUUGCCACCGAUUUUUCGCGAAUCGAUACAAUCUGAAAGUACAUAUUCGGGACAAACACGACACCAGGGAAGGAACCCUCCAGUGUGACAUCUGCCAGAAACGUAUGCGCAACCCUUCGUGUCUUCGUGUCCACAUGUACCACCAUCGUAAGCAGGCCGCCUAUCUUGCACAGCUAAGUGCUCAAGGAGACCAAAUGAGGCACGUUGUACAAAAUAUGGUUGGGAAUAAAUGGCGUUCGGAUGCAAAUGCCGACUUGAGGGAUGUUGACAACUACCCGGCAUCAGGCCCAAUGGAGUCAAAGUACCAGCCGGCCGCUGACGCUCAGUUGCCGGUCGUACCCGAAGCUGCGCUUCCGAAGGUGGAAGCGACUCUGGAGACAGCAUGAUUAGAACCCAACCCUGCGGUAGCCGAUGACGAUUACGUGGACCCAUUAGCCUUGGCUGCUUUAUUCACUCAACAGUAUCGCUGGAACGCAAAGCUCAUUUUCGGUCGGGUGCAAAGCAGGGCGCCUAAAAAGUAAACUCGGCUCACAGGGUGAUUAUUUUAUUCUUUGCUAUUUCAUGUAUUAUUUUCCACUCAUAUUUUAUUUUCACGUAUUUUCUUUUACAAAUGCCAUUCAAACGAUCUUGUCGAUUAUAAGUUGGGCUUUAAAAGCAUCGAGAUAUUUAAAUUUUUUUUUAUCUUGAUGUUCAUAAACUUGAUGCUAUUAUUAAUCUUCAAAUUACGGGAGGAUAUCAUUUGGUGUAAAAAUCUUUGCUACACUUUAUUAUGGCAAGUAAAGAACAAAAAAAAACUGUAUUAUUAUUUGUUGUACUUAUUGUUUUUUACUUGCCAUCACGAAACCAUAUAAAUAUAUUCAUGACAUUGAUAUGAUAAGUGUUUCAUCUUUCCUGAAACAUGUAUAGUGUAUUUGAGGACUGAAUAUAACCGGAUAGAAAUAAGUCAUACUAAUUAAUACAUAUAUACUUAGAGUUUAAAGACCAUUUUAAAAAUUAUGUAUUUUUUUUUUAUUUCGAGCAGCUUUCAUUUGUGCUGUUGAGUUGAAUAUUGUUUACAAAACAUUCCACCACAUGAUUUCCAAAGACUGAAACAACAAUAAAAUACACAAGAAUCAUAAUUGUAUUGUUAUAAUUUACAGGGUGCGUUGAUUCACGUACUUAGUUGUAAACGAACUCGAAACGUAUUUGCAAGAAGAUAGAUUUUUGGAAAAAAACAUAAUACAAGCUUAUCUAUAUUAUAGUUUUCGACCGAGUUUAAAUAAUGCGCACCCUGUAAUCUGUAUUAGUUUAUAAGUUAUGGCUUUAGUGCCGCCUCGACCGAUGUAGUUGUUUUAAUCAGCUUUUUAAUAACCGAUAGUGUAGCUAGAAUCUCGAUGCGUCCGUGGCUGACGGAUUAUAACGGAAUUAUUUUAACGUUAUUAAAGUAAUAUUAUAUUAUAUUUUAUGUUCACGAUUCUACAAGUUUGCAGUAACGUUAUGACAUCUGUACCCUCCCAAAGUGCAUUUAAGACACAGUAUAGUUUUUAAAUAAUAGGUACUGAUAUGUUGGACAAGCUGUUGUAGUUAAAAGUGGCAGAUUGAUCAAUUAGUUUCUAAUACGUAUAAUGUUGCCAUUCUCAUUACAAAUGUACAAAGAUAUUAUCAAAAUUUAGGUUUU